AGCAACAGUCAGCUAGCUUCACAUUAACUUCACAGCAAACCUAAUGCAAGAUAAAACCAAGAUCCCGAAUCUGAGUGAACAAUCCCUCUCGCUGUUUAAAAUGAAGACUAUUGUGAUUGUUUUCCUUGUUGUGAGUGUCUGUAUUCAGUGUGCAACCCCAUCAAAAUUACACAUACGCAAAAAGCGAGCCUGGAUUGUGGAUUCACUGUCCAUGGAAGAGGAGCACACUGGUCCUUUCCCAUAUAAACUGGGAGAUUUAAAUAUUGAGAAGAAAGUUAUCGAAGAGUACUCCAUUCAUGGACAGGGCAUCGACAAAGACCCCAAAGGAAUUCUCUCUGUGAACAGAAACGGAUCAGUUUACGCUCAUGGAAAAGUUGACUUUGAGGAGUACCGGAAACUGAGAAUCACACUUUCUAAAAAACACACAAUAGUUGCUGUGGAUAUUGAUAUCAUGGAUGUUAACGACCACGCUCCUGUUUUUAAUCGGGACGUGUAUGAAAUCACAGUAGAUGAAUCAACGCCACAAGGUAAGCCUCUGGUCACAGUGCUGGCAACCGACAAUGACCAGCCUGGCACAGCAAACGCUCAGUUCACGCUGAGAAUCGCCUCAGUGUCUCCCUCUACCUCCACAGCUCAGUUCUUCAUUCAGCAAAGAAAAGGAGAACGGACAGGAACCAUAUCUUUAAAGGGAUUCCUUGAUUAUGAGCAGACCCAAAAAUACACGAUUCUGGUUGAAGCAAAGGAUCAUGGGGAGAAGAUGCAGCUCUCCAGCACAAGCACAGUGAUACUGAAUCUCAUCGGCAAACACAAGCACCAAGCACAACUCGCUGAGAGAACAUUUGUUCAGAAAGAUGCUGGUGACUCCUCAGUAUUCAAGAAGAUAAUGAAACAAGUGGGUGUAAUGGAGAGAAAGGAGACCGGACCGAUGCUGGACGCCAACAAACUGGCCAUGUGUCUGUCUGAGGAGACGGCUGACAUUACAGCUUUCAGUCCAGACCUGUACAGCCCACCGUUACACUUUGAGCUGAUUGGAGACGUCCAGGGGAAAUGGAGGCUUCAGUCUAACUAUGGUGCCUCUGUGAGACUGAUCAAAGAGAGCGCUGUACGUGCAGGAGAUCAUGAAGUCACGCUGAAGAUCUCUGACAGCCAGGGCCAGCAUUCAGUCCAGACACUCUCGCUUCAUGUGUGUGACUGCGAUGUGUCUGCAGACUGCACUGUGCUCAGAAACCCAGCAACAAAGCUGAACGUCACUGCCAUCGCUGCCAUAAUCAUCAGCAUCCUGGUGCUGCAGGGUGUCCUGCUGAUGGCGUGUCGGAUCAGAAUAAAGAAACCUACGAAGGGUCCCGUGCCUUUCGUGGAGGGACAAGACCAGUUUCUUUGUUCUGACGUCAAAGAAAUGCGUUGAACUUGGCUGCAUGCAGCUUUACUUCAGAUGAACUGCUGGAGCCGGAGCUGGAACUAAUGCUGUCAGACGUCAGUGUGUCACUGAAAGUGCGGUGGAAAUAUGAAGGACGUCAAACAGUGGAUCUGGUGAAUGCACUCUACGCCAGACUGCUUGCGUUUACACUGUGGAUUAAAAGGAAGGGCUGCUUUGGUUGUUUCAAAUGUACGAUCCUACAGUUUGAAUGACUUUAGGAAUAGACUGAUGAUUAAUUCUGCUUAUGCAAAUGUGAAAUCAUGUGCUCAGACUGGGUAGGUGAUACUGUAACUUUAUUAUACUGUAAGUUAUUCUCACACUGAUAUAUUUAUAGUUUUUAUAUGAAGGGAUGUCUUUUUAUAAGUGAGAGAUGUGUAUGUUUUGUGAUGAUUGUUUUUUAUAUUUGUAAUUUAUUUAUUGUGGUCAAAUAAAAGGAAAUAAAAAGAA